AUGGAGGAAGAAGACAAACAAUACUUGCUACAGGCAAUUUUUGAUGUGAUAAAUUCCAUCGACCGUUUUUCACAGUCUCGAGACACUAAUGUAGACUACCAAGAGCUUAUGCUGAAACUUGAUUUUUUACAACGGUUACUAGUAAAUAUGAAUCUUGAUGAUUCGAUAUGUGCAAACGUUGGAGAGGCAUAUAAUAUUCUCUUCAAUAUGGAACAAAUGGAACACCAAUCCAGACAAGAACUCCAAACGCGAAGUGAAGAAAAUAAUGCUGCUAGACAAGUUUCUCGAGCAAGUCGUGGCCGACCCUCGUACGAUAUAAAAGAAGAACAAUUAUCGUUUCUUCUUGAAAAGGGGUUCAAGGUUUCCGAAAUCAGCAAAAUAAUCGGG